AUGGAUGAGAUAACGUCAGUACUAAUACUACUUGUUUUGGCAUUCAAAUAUGGGAAUGAGCUAUCGCUUAUAAAUACCAAAUGUCCAAGUCUGUGUGUGUGUAAUGGAGACAUGGCAAACUGCAGUGGCCAUGGUUCUUAUCUACGAUAUAUACCACCAUUGCCAGAAAAUACUACAAGCCUUGUUUUCACGCAUAAUUCUUUAAAAUCAUUACGUUGGAGAGAGGAUGUAUUUAAGAAUAUAUCCGGUCUACAUUUGACGAAACUUGAUUUGAAAAGUAAUCGAAUUAAUAGCAUCAAUAGACUGGCUUUCCGAAUGCUUCCACAUUUACAGUACCUAGACCUAAGUGAGAACAAGGGACUUCAUUCGGUCACAAAAUCUUUUCUAGGAUUGGAAAAUAACACAUUAAGAGAAAUUCGCUUAACCAACAUGGACUUGGAAGCUUUAUCUAUAGAUUUUUUCAAGUACCUUAGUAACACGUCGCUAGAAGGAGUUUUCUUCGAUAAUAAUAAAAUAACUGGCAACAUCGGUGAUGUUAUGUCCCCAUUAUCUUCUCAUUUAAGAGAAAUUUCAUUCAAGAGCAACCAAAUUUCAAAUAUAUCAUUGAGCGUGGUGAUGCCAAAAAUGGAGGUUUAAAUUUUGAGCAAAAACAAACUAUUGUCCAUUCCGAACUUUUGUGAUUCCCAUACUAAGCGACCAAUUUGUCCUAAUCUAAAGGUACUGGAUCUUAGCGACAAUCUCAUCACUGUUGUCAAAGGAGGCAAAUUUUUCAGUGAAUGCUUACCAAGGAUACAAAACCUGUCUUUGGGGUUAAACAAGAUUAGAACAUUUAGCAGAAACUUUAUAAGCCAACUACCUUUCCUCGUAUUUUUAUCCAUAGAAAAUCUAGAUUCUAGUUUUACUCCUCAUGAAAAUUUUCUGAACAGUUCUUCGUUGCAAUAUUUGUACAUGGGAGAUAACUCAAAAAAGCUGUCAUAUAAUCGAUAUUUAUUUUAUUACACAAGAAACUUGAAGAUUUUAGACAUGACAGGACUACAAUUUAUUUUUUUAUCUCCCAACAAAAUUGGGCAAAAAUUGUUUCGAUUAUUUAAGCCUCUUACGCGACUGGAAGAAUUGGUGUUGAAAAGAACAUUUUUAUCAACGUUUCCAGAAACUAUUUUCCGCGUCAUGCCAAAAUUAACAAAACUGUCCUUACAAGAGUGUCGCUUCACCGAAACAAACUUAAAAAAGUUAUUCGCUUUAGCAUCAUUAAACAUUCUAUUACUGGACAAGAACUUGAUAACCGGCAUCAAUGAGACGAAUAUUCCAAUCAAAAUUAAACAGAUGAGUUUGAAAGGUAAUCCCUUUAUUUGUACUUGUGACCUUGUUUUCUUCAGGAAAUGGAUCGAAAACAACGCUGAACGCCUAUUGGGAUGGCCAAAUGAUUAUACAUGUAAUUUGCCACAAGAAUGGAAAAGGAAGAAUCUUGCUGAUUUUCAUCUGAGUUAUCUUUCCUGCCACCCCAUUAAUCCAUACAUCAUCAUGGCUAUUUCCAUUUUCUUUGCAGUCAUUGUCAUUGCCACAGUAUCUUGUAUUAUAUACAAGAAACGCUGGCACAUCAAGUAUUACCUGUACCUCUUGCGCGCUAAAAAACGUGGCUAUGAAGUUCUUGGAGGUGAUGAUUUUGCCUAUGAUGUAUUCGUAGCUUAUAACUCGGACGACAGAAUCUGGGUCAUUUCAGAAAUGAUACCCAAAUUGGAGAACGAAGAACAUCUUAAACUUUGCUUACAUGACAGGGAUUUUCAGGUUGGGAAACUAAUUGUAGACAAUAUCACUGACGCCAUGCACCGAAGUAGAAAGAUUCUUAUCAUCCUUUCCAACAGUUUCGCUCAAAGUCAUUGGUGUCGGUUCGAAACCAUGAUGGCACAGUUACGUUCGAUAAAUCACGGUGAAAACACGGUGGUGGUUGUCGUUUUGGAAAAUAUUCUGACCAAAAAUAUGAAUAACUCUCUACACUUGCUUUUGAAAUCUACCACAUUUAUAGAAUGGACGAAUGAAAGAACAGCAAAGGGGGUAUUCUGGGAUAGAUUGGUUUCUACGUUAAAACCAUAGUGUCAUGGGUUUAUUAUGUAAGAUUAAUUUUACUUAAAUGCAUAGAAAGUCGUAUUGGUUAGGAAUCGGUUCGCAAAUGAAAAUGAUAUACACUAGUUUUCACAACUACUGAAAGUAUCUUGCUUCUGGCACAGUGCAAUGUAUUUGUUAUAUUUGUAUAUAUGCGCUUAACGGGGCCGAGUACAGAACGAGUACGCACGCUUUCGCGCAGCGUUUCAUUUGUAUUGUGACGUCAUCUUUUUGCUUUGUUGACGCCAUGGCGUGAUAGUUUCAACUGCAGAUAUUCAGCGAAAUUUGUUGAAAAUAGCUCGUUUGAUGCAUAAAAUUGAAAUUGUUUUGUGGAAUACACAUAAAUGUCUCGAAAUAUAAGCUAUAUUUGGGCUCGGGUCGAAAACGUGCAGAAGGUUCAACAAGCCUAGCCCUCUGUCACGUUUUCUUAACCCGCAUAAAUAGGCUAUAGAUUAAUUCAUAUAUUUCAAGACAGUAACCAUAUAUUUUAUAUUAAUGACCCUUAAUAUGUGAUGUUAUUUAUUUAUUUAUUACUUAAAUAUGUCUGAAUGUUUUAAUAAUACUAUAAAGAUCACCAUUUCCGCCUUUGUCAAAUAAAAAAUAGCCAUAAUCCGACAACUCUGGGAAAUUGGGCAUACAAAAAACAACUUUGAUAAGACCCCUGGAACAAACCAGGAUGUAAAAGUUGUUUUUUUUUUUACCAUUUGAUGCCUUUUAGCAAUAGGUUUUAUAUGCAGAACAGAAAAAGAAAUCCCUAGGGCAGAAGUUUUAAAAAAAUGUAAAAAAUGUGCAAAAUUGAUACAUUUCAAGCAAAAUCCCAUCGGGUCCUAUGUUAAAAAUGAACAAACUUUUAAAUGACCCCCUAAAAAAACGGUGUGGUAAAUGUCU